GUUCCGGAAAGAGACGAACCCGGAAGUUCUCCCGCUGCUCCGGUUCAGAACAGAAACACACAUCAGGUCUGUGAGCCAUGGAGCGGGUCACGGGAGGAGGGAUGCUGCCGCUGGCUGUAGCGAGUGUCGGGGUCUGGCUGAUGUACCGGAUCCUGUCCCGCCUCAGACCAGGAGCCGCUCUGCAGGACGCGGUGGUGGUCAUCACAGGGGCCAGCUCCGGACUGGGGAAAGAGUGUGCGCGGGUGUUCCACGCUGCAGGUGCACGGCUGGUUCUGUGUGGUCGAGACGCAGCCCGUCUGCAGCAGGUCGUCCAGGAGCUCGCCGCCAGUUCAACAGGCGCCCAGCAGAAGACUCACGUUCCCAGGACGGCCGUGUUCGACCUGGCUGACUCGGGCACGGUGGACAGAGCUGCAGAGCAGAUCCUGAAAUGUUACGGACAAGUCGAUGUCCUCAUCAACAACGCCGGAAUCAGUUACCGUGGUAACAUCCUGGACACCCAUCUUUCGGUUCAACGGGACGUCAUGGAGACAAAUUACUUCGGCCCUGUCGCUCUGACUCAGGCUCUCCUGCCCUCCAUGGUCAGCCGGCGUAGCGGCCACAUCGUGGUCAUCAGCAGCGUCCAGGGCAAGAUCGCCAUCCCAUACAGAUCCGCUUACGCAGCCUCUAAACACGCCACCCAGGCUUUCUUCGACUGCUUACGGGCAGAGGUCGAGUGCUAUGGGAUUCCAGUGACCGUGAUCAGCCCCGGUUACAUCCGAACAAACCUGUCUCUCAAUGCCGUCACCGGGGACGGCUCCAAGUACGGAGUUUUGGACAAAACCACAGCUACGGGUCGGGAUCCCAGAGACGUGGCUCUCGCGGUCCUGAAGGCCAUUCGUCAGAGGAGCAAAGAUGUGGUUUUAGCAGAACCUCUGGCCACCUUGGCCGUCUACCUCCGCACGCUGUGGCCCGCACUCUUCUUCAAACUCAUGGCCUCUCGGGCUCGCAAGGAGCAGAAACCGAAAGACGGAUGAUCGCGGCUGUGGAUAAAGUUUGUGUCACAAGGACCGAAACGUGAAACUGACUGCAGCACAUGGAGGCCAAAUGGACACGUGAUGUGAAUAGAUGCUUUUCUUAAGUGACACAGUUUGAAGUGCUACUAGCAGAAAAUCUGAAACUGGACCAGACUGUGUUGUCCAUUCAUUUCAGGAAUUAAGCUUGUUAACAAUAUCACUGCUUUAAAGUCAACUGGUAAACUCUCCUGUGACAACAUUGUGAGGCUGUUUCCUGAACUGACUCCAUGACAUGGGAUUAUUUUGGUUUACUAGUUAUAUUGUUUUGAUGGAAGAUAACUUUUUUCGUUUAUCUGCAGACCACAGAGAAACCACUCAGACCACAGAGAAACCACUCAGCCCUCUCUGGAACAGAUAACACAUAACGUUGAUAACCAGAAAGGAGCUCAGUACAGCCAUUCCUCCACCUAUUUAUUUUCAUCAAGCUCCAUGGUGGAGGUAAUGACCAAAAGGCUUCUCUGUAAAUUGUAACAUUUGAACUGGUUUUAUCACAAAUUAAACACAAUGAAUACAAGAAACAAUGAGCCAUUUUUUUUAUAACUAUCU